CAUAUAUAAACAUCACUCCCUUCCUUUUUCUCUUUGCUAAUAAAGUGAAGCACGGAGCGCUUCGCUUCUCUAAAUUGCUUCCUAAUUCUUUCUUUCUUUCUUUUUUCUUCUUUCUUUUAAUUCGGAUCGUUUUUCGAUGAACCGACAAAUCCAAGUUUGAGUGAAUUCAAAGGCAGAAGACCUUUUGGGUUAUUUUCUUUUGGAUCUGAGUAAACAAUUUCAGAUAUUCCAAGCCUUUUCUCUAAUCUUUGAUUCUUGUUCGAUUCUUCAAGACUUUGUGGUUAAGCUUAGAAUUUCGUGCUUGUUCUUGAAUCCUCUGUGUUGUGUUGUUAAUCUCGCUUGGAAGAUUAUGGAGGCGACGACUUGUUUCCAUUGGUCACAACCGUUUACUCCUCAUUGUCCUGCUUCUCCUCAAACACUAACGUCCACCGUACUCUCUCCGUGCUCCUCCAAACGUCGGAACUAUACCGAUGGAGGAUCUCUUGUGUGGCGGUGCGUUCACCGGUUAGAGCAAUCGACUCUGUUCGGUUCAUCAUCGACGAAGCUCCAUCGGUCGCGAUCUUGCGAGAUUCCGAAGCAGACGAGUCGCGGUAUCAAGAGAACUUGUAGCGCGAGUUUGGAUGCCUUUUCGGAUGAGGAAUUUUCGAGGAGGAUUCAGGAACUCGCGCUUAGAUUCCAACACUCGGCCGAUGCGGAUGAAACUGCCGGAAGUAGUAGCAGUAACGAUGCUUCCUGUGUGAAUUCAGAUUCGCUAUCGGAAUUUGUGGAGCCGUCGUGGCCAGAAACAGGUCAUGAGCCGCCGGAUUGGCCGCGGCCUGACGAGCUUGUUCCAGCUAUGAUUGAACGGCGAGCGAAUAGCUUCGAUCUCCCGGUUUCGCUUAGAAUGAUAAAGAAGAAGUUACAAUGGGAAGAGGAUAUCAGAGAAUCGACGGAAUCUUCUCAUUGUUCCGUCAAAAAGGCUUUCUCCUCCGUUGUGUUCAUGAUUCGCGAACUUCACAGCUACACUCUACGGCUUCGAGAGAUUCUUUACUUCGAAGAUCUACAGAGCAUUCUCGUUCGUGUUCAGAAAGAAUCUCAAGCUUCAUUCGUUUGGCUAUUUCAACAAGUUUUCUCUCACACUCCAACUCUAAUGAUCUCCAUUAUGAUCCUCUUAGCUAAUUUCACCGUCUACUCCAUGGGAAACAACACCGCUCUUGCUUCCACUUCGCCACCGCCAGCCGCCAUGGUUUCCGUCGUCGAAUCACACGAUCAAUGCAACUCCAAGUUUGACUCAACCACCAUCAAAACAUUCUCAAUCUCCUCAUCAAGUGGAAAAACUACUUCCAUCGGCGGAAACAAUGGCGGUGGAGGAAAAGUACGCCCCAUCGGCGGCGGAAUCGAGGAUGACGGACAGUUCAAUCAGUCGGAUGAAUACAGAACGAUUCUCCCCGAUAACGCGUCUCAGGUUUCUUCAUAUGGAACGACGCCGGAGACAGAGUCAGUGUUAAACAGAGAAGAGGAGGAGACGAAUUUGUGGAAAUCAGUAGUGGAAGAAGCUUCAAAGAUGCGGCAAUGGGGAGAUGAAGUGAUGGAUGGGGAUGCGUUUCGAGAUCUGAUAUCGCCGGUGACGGCGAAUAUUGAAACGGAUGAUUAUGCAGAGUAUUUAAGAACAGAGCUUCUAUAUCAAACAACCCUUCUUCAAGAACCUAACAAUACUCUGCUUCUUACGAACUACGCCCAGUUUCUGUACCUCGUCGCCCAUGAUUAUGACAGAGCGGAGGAGUAUUUCAAGCGAGCCGUGGCAGUGGAGCCGCCGGAAGCGGAGGCGUUCGACAAAUACGCCGCCUUCUUAUGGCAGGUAAGGAAGGAUUUAUGGGCGGCGGAGGAAACGUUUUUGGAGGCUAUUUCCGCCGAUCCUGGCAACUCUUAUUACGCUGCUAAUUACGCCCAUUUUCUAUGGAACACCGGUGGCGAUGACACGUGUUUUCCUCUCGACUCCCCGGAAGCUUAGAGGAAUGAGGAGAGAAUUUGGUGGUUGUGUUUGUAUUAAAUUAAUUCUGAGGAUCAAUCAAUCUGCGGCGGCAGCGGUGGCGGUUUAUAGGGAAAGUGGUGGUGGUGAGGAUGAAGAUGGGCGGUCGGGGAUUGAAUGUGAAGAGAUAUUGAGUUUUUCUUUAAUUGGCUUUGUAGCAUCAUCACGUGGCUAUGUUUAUUCAAUGUCACAAUGUAUAUUUUUAAUUUCGCCCUUCCUUUUUAGCUCUUUGUUAAUACAUAACUUUUUUUUUUCUCUUUCCUAAUAAAAUUAAAUGAAACUGUAGAGGAGAUUUGGAAUUUGAGUU